AUGCCAACUUCCCGUCGUGCCCCGCUGGCGCAAGCCUCCCUGAGCACGGGAGGCCGAGGGGCCAGGAGAGCAGGCGGACCACGUGGGCUGCAAGCCGGCCGGCAUGGCGGAGAGGAGGCGGUGAGAGGCAACGAGGCAGGAAACCCAACGAACGAUAUCAAGACGAAGUUGAACCGUAUCAUCCGCCAGACUAACAACAACAGCAGUACGAAGCUCCCCCUCAUCGAAGGCGACCACAAACUGGGUUACGCUUAUGCCAACGUCAAGACCCACAAGGAAGGCCACCCCCUACGUCCCAUCAUCAGCCAGACACCAUCCGUUACUUACAAACUCGCCAAGCGCCUCAACGAACUCAUCACACCAUUCACACCAGCCUCCUUCAAUUUGAAGUCCACAAUAGAGUUCCUUGAUCUCCUGAAGACUACCCGUCCCUCCAACAUCAUGGCAUCCAUGGACGUUGAAUCACUCUUCACCAACGUUCCUGUCGACAAAACCACAGAUCUCAUCUGUCAACGCAUCUACCACUUAGAAAACGAAGAGCCACUCAACAUUCCCGAAGCCUCGCUACGCCUCCUUCUACAAGCAUGUACUAAAGAAGUACCAUUUUACGGACCCGACGGCAAGAUGUACGUGCAGCGAGACGGUGUGGCCAUGGGAUCACCCCUCGGCGUCCUCUUCGCCAACUUCUACAUGGGGUCCAUCGAAGAAAGGCUAUUUGCACGCCACCCUCAGCUCAAACCACAAAUCUACGCCAGGUACGUCGAUGACAUCUUCAUCAGCGUUGGCACCGUGAGCCACAUCAACGAGUUAAUCACCGAAUUCAAGAACGACUCCUGCUUAAACUUCACGCAAGAAAUAGAACAAAAUAAGAAGCUCCCAUUUCUGGACACCAUGGUGCACCGUGAGGACACAUCUUUUUCAACAGAAGUGUACGUGAAAGCCACUAACUUCGGGUUCUGUCUCAACGGUGCUAGCGAAUGCCCCGAAAGAUAUAGGCGCAGCGUAAUCAGCGCCUUUGUCAAGAGGGCCCUCACACACACCUCAGUAUGGGCAGCCGCGAACACCGAGCUGAAGAGAGUUUCCCAGCUUCUCGCCAACAACGGCUACCCGCAGCAAGAAAUUGACGACGGGAUUAAACGACGACUCGAUAACUUCAUGAGUCCUGAACCAAAAGAGAAAGACCCGUCGAGAAUCAUCCUAUAUUACAAGAACACCAUGUCGUCAGAAUACAAAGAAGACGAGAAGACCCUUAAGAAGAUCAUCCACAAGAACGUAACACCCACCAACCCCGACACCAAGCUCGACCUCAUAAUCUUCCACAAAUCAAGAAAAACCGCCAACCUGAUCAUGAGAAACAGCUGUCUACCUCCGACAAGUCCACUACAAGAGAAACCUGCAAUAAACAUACAGCAGCAACCCGACACGUCACUCCUGACAAAGAGGCAGCGAGCGCCAAGCUAA